CUAGGAUGAGGGCUGUUGUUGCAGUUGUGGCUAUCUUGGCUCUUGCGAAGCUGGGAAGCUCUUUGUUAAUUGGUGCAUUCAACAUCAAGUCAUUUGGGGACAAAAAAGCUUCAAAUGCAACUCUGAUGGACAUCAUCAGCAAGAUUGUGCAUCGCUAUGACAUAAUUCUGAUCCAAGAGGUGAGAGACAGUGACCUGUCUGCGACCACCAAAUUAAUGGAGCAUGUCAACAAGGGGUCCUCUCCUUACAACACGUAUCGGCAUAUUGUCAGUGAGCCUUUGGGUCGAAGCACUUACAAGGAGAGAUACCUCUUCCUGUACAGGGAACAGACCGUGUCUGUGGCCAAAAACUUCACCUAUGAUGAUGGAUGUGAGCCAUGUGGAACCGACACCUUUAACAGAGAGCCUUUUGUUGUGAUGUUUUCAUCCAAUACAGUUUUGCCGAACUUCGUCCUCAUCCCACAGCAUACAUCACCUGAUUACGCAGUGAAGGAGACCGACGCCCUGCAUGAUGUUGCUGUGUACACAAAGGCUCACUGGCACACCAAUGACAUCCUGUUACUCGGGGACUUCAACACCGACUGUAGCUACGUUAAUAGUGCAGAAUGGGAACAGAUAAGGCUAUACACUGAUAAGAGCUACAACUGGUUGAUUCCUGAUGAUGCAGACACAACUUUAUCCAGCACCAACUGUGCAUAUGACCGGAUUGUGGCUACCCCUGAUAUGAUGGUCGGUGUUGUUCCCAAGUCUGCUCAAGUCUAUAACUUCAUGACUGCUCUUGGACUCAGCCACAGCCUAGUAAGGCCCUACACACACUACUCGCCGUAUCUUUCUUAGCAUCAGUACAUUUUAAAGAACAGGCGGCACAAGUAUAACCACUGUUUUCUCUCUCCACUUAUAGGCACUAGCCGUUAGUGACCACUACCCUGUUGAGGUCGAGCUCUACUGAGUCUGUGCAGUCAAGUCCCUGAACAUUCAUAUUAAAAACCAUUUAACACCAUCAUCGUGAGAAUCUGUUGCUAUUGUGACAU